AUGAAUUACUCUUGUCAAAUUCGCAUACCCUUUUUGACUGCUCGUCAUGCUCAAAUAGCAUAUAAUAGUUUAAAAGUUGAUCGUGAACCAAAAAAAGAUGUGAAACGUAUGGAAAAUAUCCAUGAAAAUAAUAUUCUUGUUGUUGAUUUUGAAUCUAAUGAAGCACGUUAUAUUCGUGUUGCUGUUGAAAGUUACAUUGACAAAAUCAAUCUUAUUCUGCGUACAAUACAACGUUUUGAUCAUUAG